CUCCCACAGGAGCCAGUGCUCCAUGAAGUUCUCCAGUGUGUGUCCUUCCUAUGGGCUGCAGUUAAAUCUUUUAUCCCUGAGGUGUCACCACCAUCUCUGCUGGGCUCAGCCUUGGCCAGCAGGUGGGUGCAUCCUGGAGCCGGUGGCAUUGGCUCUGUUGGACAUGAGGAAAGUUCUGGCAGUUUCUCACAGAAGCCACCCCAGUAGCUCCCUUGCUGCCAAAACCUGGCCAUGCAAACCCAACACACCUGACAAUGCAUCAGGUGAUGCAGGGCCUCAUGGUGCCCUUGGGCCAUUGUGACACUGCAGGGCCUCAUGACACCAAGGGGCCAUUGUGACACAGCAGAGCCACAUCCUCCCCAUGGGGUGUUUACAGAGCCCCUCUGGGGUACCAACUCAAGCAGAACACCUUGCUGAGGAAGUAGCAGCUUCCCAGGACACCUGUGGAAAAGGAGCCAUGGAGGAGCAAAACCCCAGUCCCCAGAGCCCCAAGGAGAGGCACCAGCUGAGAGACAGAGGGAGAGGCCAACAGGAGGAUGGCACCAGGUGUAUCAGCACCCUGCCCAGGAAGCUGCCUCCAUCCCACACCUCUUCCUCCUCCCGCCCGCAGCUGCAGCAGCCUCGGGGCGGCCAGGGCCGGUCGCUGCACCGGCUGACACUGCCCCGCAGUUCCCAGGGCCGGUCCCUAACCCGGCUCACAUCGCGCAGCUCCCAGGGCCGGUCCCUAACCCGGCUGACAUCGUCCCGCAGCACCCUGAGCUCGGCGGGUACCGAGAGCCGUCUCAGCUCGGACGAGGGGGGCCGGGAACAAGGCCCGCAGGGGCGCAAGUCUCGCCCUGGUGGCUCCUUGCAGCCGGCCAUCCUGGCCAGCCGAGCCGCAGCCCGUGGCCAGCACCGACCUGUGAGAAGCCGCCGGGGCUGCAGCGGCCCGGUGGGGCCACAACCGGCCUCCACGAGGAAACCAGUUCCUGACCCACAGAGAAAGGCCUCUCACCGUGUGGAUCAGGAAGCCCAGACUGAGACCUGGGCACAAGAGGUGGAUUUAGCUGUUCAAUAUGCUGAGCAGGAGACACAGACAGAUACUGUGGCAGAAGAGGAGAAAAAUUCAGCUGCUCCCCUCAUGGUUGACCAGGAGACAGAAACUGAGACUCCAAUACAAGAGAAAAAUUCAGCUUCUCCUCAAAUCACUGACGAGUGGACACAGACCAAGGCCCACAGCUCUGCCCCGUCCACAGGCACUGAGGCCCUGGCUCACCGGCAGCCACCCUCCCUGUCCUGCAGGGUUUUCUGGCGCUGCUGCAUGGCUGGACAGCCUCAUGGUGCCAGUGCCCUGCAGAAUCUCAGGGACAGCCGCAGCUCCAGGCAGCCACUACGGCCUGAGCACAGCACACCAGAGAAGUGGGGAUGGACAGCACUGCCACCCUACUCUUGGCCAUGGCUCAUAGAGAUGAACCAGUUUUAAUAAAAUACUUCAUUUCUCUAA